UUGCGCCAGGUGGAGCCCAGGAGGGGUCUGGGAUCCGAUUUUGAGCGGAUCUUGAGUGUGAAACCCUUGUGCGCAUGUCAUCUCUCUGCAUGGUGUACUCUGGAUUUCCACCAAGAGCUGCCAAUCGUGCACUCUUCUGCCCACGCGUCCUUCUGGAUGCUCGGCUCAGCAAGCCCCCCCUGCCGUUCAGACCCCCCGGCCGCCUUCAAGCUUGCUCCAAAGCAGCAUUUGUUCAGCCAAAUGACUUGAUCUCUAAUGCCUCUAGCUUCAGAAUCGCAGGGCGCAUCCCGUCGAGGCAUCGGGAGCCCCUGGCCGCCAUCCUGACCCGCUUUCACAUGCGAGCCGUGCCGAGCUGUGGAGGCAAGGGUGACCGCGUCGUCGUCGUCGUCGUCGUCGUCGUGCUGAACAUCGAGGGUCACCUUAUCGGUCGGUGGAUCAUCGUCGGAGCGCUGGCCGUGAGCUGCGUCGUCUACGGCGCGGUCGGCGUUGCGGUGUACGCGACGUUUGGGCCCGCCACGGAGGACGACCUCACCAAGAAUUUCAGGAAGGACGACGGCCUGCUGGUGCUGGUGCGGGCCACCAUGGCCGUGGCGAUCUGCGCCACCUUCCCGCUGGUGAUGAUGGCCGCGCGGAACGCGGCUUACGACCUGUUCCUGCGGCCGAGGGGCGUCCAGAUGACCGCGGCCGUGAGGUUGUCCGUCACGUCGGUUAUCGUGGUGGUUUGCUUAGGGACCGCGGAGAUUGUCGGCUCGCUUGGUGUUGUCCUGGACUUCAACGGCGCUCUGUUCGGCACCCCGGUCAGCUACAUCUGGCCCAUGGCCAUGUACCUGGCCCUGCCUAGGAGCAGGCAGCGGCGGCGGUGGAGGCUUUUCAGCUUCGCCUGCGUGCUGCUGGGGCUGUUCUUCGGCCUCAUGGGCCUCGUGGUAGCCAGCAUUGGUGUCGCCAGAGGCGAGCGCUGAGCGGGGCCUCGUCCGCCGCCGUGGCCGCCGCCGAGGCCGCCGACGCGGCCGCGUGCUGACGCUCGGCCCUGCCGCCGCCACGUGUCACCUGACCUGUCUUCACGAGAUGCCGUCGCGUGCGCGCACUCACCGCUUGCCAGCCUGCGUGUCUGAAGCCCGCAUGUUUGAAGCGUUUGUGGGCAUUUUUUUUUGUCAGUCUCCCAUCUCAGCAGGAGGUUGGCCGAUUCGGCUGCCUGCGUGCCGUGGAGGCCUUUUGCGAUCUGGGCGACCUGAGAGUGUAGCUCAGCUUUUCCGAGGUAUUCUAGAGACUUGCGCCAUCCCGUCGACCCCCAGAAAGGGGGGUUCACGAUGUCAUGGCACGAUGGCUGUGGCGUUGACAAGUCUCCAAGGUCAUCGAGCUGGCCUCACUGUGGCUGAGGACGACGGAGCGAUGCUGCUCUCUUGACUUCUGGACCCGGCAGCCUGAGGAGGCUGCGGCGUCGGCGCCGGAAGGUGAGCGCGCCGCCAUUUGCCAGGCUUAGGUGCAGGAUGGCGCCCGGGCGUGGCCUGGCGGUUGUCGUCCGCAAGUGGUCGAUUCGCCCUCACCGCCCCACAGCUCGGACCGUGCCAUGAGGAUGGCUCGCGGCGCGGGUUCGGUGAGUCAGCGCGCGCGGGCUGCCAUCACAUCCGUCCUCGCCUCCACCUCCAUCCGAUCCUUUCUUCCUGGCUGCCAUCUCGUCGCUCCCUCGCCC